UACGUCAUUUUCGCGCGAAACCUCUGAAUAGAGCUGUGUAUUUUCUGGAGACUACUUUUGUAAAAGUUAUUUUUUCCAUGCGGGUUUUUAAUCAACGCUGAUAAGCGGACAAUCACACGUUUUUGUUUUUGUACAGAUUCACAUUUGUGUUGUUGUAUCUGAGCUCGUGCAGCAGACAGCCAGGACUCAGGAUGAAGUAUUUCACCAGAUUGAGGGUCAGACGGGUCUACGAGUGGCGUGGAAAGCCUUUAAGUUUCAACAGGAAGUUGAAAACCUAUGAAUAUGGCUCUCUGGCCAUCAGCGUGGAAGGUCUGCCGCGGGUCACUGUCAUUAAGAUCGGCCAACACAUCCUCAUCGAGGGAGAGGAUGAAGACAACCCGUAUGUGGCCAAAGUCAUCAGGCUGUUUGGCGACGAUAGCGGGAAGCAGAAGAAGGCGGUGGUUCAGUGGUUUGUUCGUGUGUUUGAAGUGCCUCCGAGCAAACUGAAGCUGCUGGGCAGAGAGCCUCACCCGCAGGAGAUCUUCUACUACCAGGGGCGCAGCUGUGACGAUGAGGUCGACGCCGGGUCCAUCCUCCAACCCGUGCAGGUGACGCACCUGGAGGCGGCAGCUCCGUUCCCGGACUCGGGCGACGCGGACGCCCUCUACGUGAAGCUGUCCUGGGACUCAAAGACCUUCAAAGCGGCUGAGCGCCCUCGGGCGGAGUCUGAACCCGCUCCGGCGCCCUCCCCGCCGCGCCGUCCCAGGCCCUCGCUCCCGCCCUCCCCCCCGCGCUCCCCGCCGGCAGCGGCCCUGGCGCCUCGGGGCCCCGCGCGGCGCGCCCUCCCGACGCCGGACCUCACCGUGAUGCGCCGGGCGGCGCAGGGGGAGGCGAGAUGCAGCCGGGCCACCAUGAGCGCGGGUAGGCCCCGCGCCGCCGAGGCGGAGUCGCUCCACUCCACCACCAAACUGUCGGCCUCCAAGUGUCUGAGCGCCAAGAGGAGGAACGCCUCGGCCAGGACGCCCGGCGUGCGCAAGAAACUGGAACUCAGCAAUCCGGAGAAGAAUUUGAUGGUCGGCGAGGACGUCCUGGGCCAGCUGCUGGACGACGAGCUGCAGUCGGAGGGGAUGGUGGCUGUCGGAAGGCUGUCGGCUUCCCCCCCCGAGGACCUGUCCCUCACCCCCCUCCGGAGGUCCCGAGAGGCCGCCGGCUCUCCGGGGAACUUCUCCCUCAAGCCCUCAGUCAUCGUCCUCCAGAAGCUGCCCGUCUCCGACAGGACCAGUCCUCCAUCGUCUGCCAGUCCUCAGCAGGGCGACGAGGUGACGGAGGCGGGGUCAAUGACCAGCUCGCUUAAGACACCCAGAAGAAGAGCCGCCACGCCGAGGAGACUGUACGCCACCAGGGAGCAGAAAGCUACCACUCCAUCUCGAAAAAAAGACCGAGACACCCUGAAGGAACCGGCGCUGGGAGUCCUGGCCGAAGUGGAUAAUGAAAUCUCUCCGAUGCUGCCGGUCGCCGCCACGCCGAGGGGCUCGAAGAGGAAGUCGGCCCAGCUGGUGUCGUCGCGCAUCAGGAAACAGCUGAAUCUCCUGGAAAACCUGCAGGACCUGAACUCGGACGAAGAGGAUGAGGAGGAGUUUGUUCCAUCCAAGAAGGAGCUUCAGAGCAGUGAGGAGGAGGAGGAAGAGGAGGAGGAGGAGGAGGAUGGGGAGGAAGAGGAGGCAGGGCUCGAUAGUGAUGACGACGUGGUGUAUAAAAAGGGCAGACGUGCAGCUGCAGGGUCUCGUACUCCUCGGCCAAAGCAGAGGAUUCGCUCCUCGACCAGAACGCCUCAAAGGACCCCAAACAAGAAGAUCACACCCGGCACGCCGCGGACUCCUCACCGCGCAACCCCCAGCAUCCCCAGCAGGUCGCUGCCGGCCCGACAGCCGGCCAAUGUUCUGGAGGAGGCCCGAACCAGGCUGCACGUGUCCUCGGUGCCGGAGUCGCUGCCCUGCAGAGAGCAGGAGUUUCAGGACAUCUACAGCUUCGUGGAGAGCAAGAUCGAAGAUGGCACGGGGGGGUGCAUGUACAUCUCGGGUGUGCCGGGCACGGGGAAGACGGCCACCGUCCAGGAGGUGAUGCGCUGCCUGCAGCACGCGGCCGACGUGGACGAGAUUCCUUCUUUCCACUUCAUCGAGAUCAACGGGAUGAAGAUGACGGAUCCUCACCAGGCCUACGUCCAGAUCCUGCAGAAGCUGACUGGUCAAAAGGCCACAGCCGACCACGCGGCAGCUCUGCUGGAGAAGAGGUUCAGCAACCCAGCGCCCAGGAAGGAGACUACCGUUCUGCUGGUGGACGAAUUGGACCUGUUGUGGACGCGCAAGCAGAACGUCAUGUACAACCUGUUCGACUGGCCGACCCGACGCCACGCCCGCCUGGUGGUGCUGACCAUCGCCAACACCAUGGACCUGCCGGAGAGGAUCAUGAUCAACAGAGUGGCCAGCAGACUGGGUUUGACCAGGAUGUCGUUCCAGCCGUACAGCUUCAAGCAGCUGCAGCAGAUCAUCAUGUCGCGGCUGAACAAGGUCAAGGCCUUCGAGGAGGACGCUCUGCAGCUCGUGUCCAGGAAGGUGGCCGCGCUGUCAGGCGACGCUCGCCGCUGUCUGGACAUCUGUCGCAGGGCGACGGAGAUCUGCGAGCACUCGGCCUCCGACCCGUCGGCCACGGGCCUGGUCGGAAUGGGUCACGUGAUGGAGGCGCUGAACGAGAUGUUCUCCUCCGCCUACAUCACCGCCAUCAAAUGUGCGUCACUACAGGAGCAGCUGUUCCUGCGGGCGGUCAUCGCUGAGUUUCGGCGGCUGGGAUUGGAGGAGGCCACCUUCCAACAGGUGUUUGUGCAGCACCAGGCUCUGUGUCGGGUGGAGGGCCUGCAGCCCGUCAGCGUGUCGGAGGGCCUGGCGGUGUGCCAGCGUCUGGGAGGCUGCCGCCUACUGCUGCUGGAGCCGAGCCGCCUGGGAGUGCUGCAGCGGGUCCGCCUCAACGUCAGCCAGGACGACGUGCUCUACGCCCUGAAGGCCGACUGAACCGGGGGGGGCUCUUCCUGACGCUUUCAUGACUCCUGGCCGACGGAUGUUUAGGUUAACUGCGUGUGAACUGCUAUGAUGAAGAUCGCUUUGUGCACAGGGAAGAAUCAGGGGGUGAAAUGUUUUUUAUGUUCUCAGUUUAAAAUGAUAUUUGGCUCUUACUGGACUUAUUUUUUACUUUGUAUAGUGCAUCUUUUAUGUUUUCAUACUUGAAUAUGCAAUAAAUAAAAUAGAAAUCUUUAAUAU